UUUAUACCGGUUCAAGCUUCACCAACCCAUAUAUCAUGCCCAAAUCACUUUCCAGGAUUUUCACCUUCGUUCCUUGAUAUUUCUAUGCCAGGUCUAUUUCGAUGAAUUUUUGCAAAUAAUUCAUUGUGUGGUGGGUGUGACUUUCCAUGCUGAGGGGGGGCUCUUUCAUAAUUCAAGCUCACUUCAUCAUCAGUCACUCGAUAUGAUCUUAGAGGAUGAUCCGGACAGCCCCAAAGCAGCAUCUUGAAGCUGUAAACAGACUCUUGGAGCCAGGUUUGGCUCCAUGACCAGACGUUCAGUAUGCCCUCAGAAGACAUCCUUUCACCAAGUAGAAGAACCUUGCAAACCCCACAAAGGGCAGCUUUUCGCACACAAAGCUAACAUAAUUGCAUAUUUUUCACCAAGCUAGGCACCCCCGAAAAACCCAUAAAACUUGUAUCAUUAUUUUUACACCAAGCCUGGGCAUAUUUA